UGAAGCCCUGAACGCGCUCGAGUAAUAAUAUACCUAUCCUUCAAGUGUCACAAAAGUUCACAGGGCAGAAACAUCAAGGGGUUCAAUCAACACCAACCGCUACGAUGAUAGACAACACCUUUCCGCGCCUCAUCUUCAUCCGCGUUUGCAUCGUCCUCCUCCAAUAUGCCCCGCUCAUCGAAACCUUCAUUCUCCUUAUCGCGGUUACUCUUCGAUACCCUUCCUCUCCCCUGAUCGCCUACGCAGAGCAUAUCGCCUCCUUCAUCCCUCCUUCGCUCCUCGCCAUCCUCACCUCCCCCACCACGAUUCCCCUCCUCGCAGCCCUUCUUACAACAGAGCUCAUCUACAUCACGACCCUUUACCUCCCGCACAAAUCCAGUCUCACACACGAAGCCGUACAUCCCCCGUUACCCGGGCGAAAGGAGCGAGAAGAGCUGUUUGACAGGGCCUCAGACAGCACGACAGACUGGAAUGAGUAUCUGAAGCUAUGGUUCCUCGGAGCGGAGGUUGAUGAAGUGAAGAGGGAAAAUGUUCGGGAGUUCUUACUCUGGGCUUUCUUUGACAGGGAUGGGGAGACAAAAGGGAACAACGAAGAUAUUGAGGAAGAGCUGGACUCUUAUCUGGCCAAGAUCGAAACCCUUCUAGGCCGGAAACUCCCACCAGGCCGCGGUACUGCCACUUCUUUGCGGCUGACGUUCGAUGCGAUCGAUACCCGGUACCGCAGCGUUGUUUGGUAUGGGGUUAUUGCGCUGCUGGAUUUGAUCACGCAUUUCAUGUUGGCGUGGCACGGGUAUACGCAUUAUCGACCAUCUCGAUCCCUGUCACCAAAACCGGCGACAUCAACAGCAGCCAAGAAGACACCCACAACAACCCUCUUUCCACCACGCCUCCAACACUCCAUCCCCUUGAUCCCCUCCAGUCUCCGACACCACACAUCGCCCACCCAACACCUCAGCUACUACCUCCGUCCACACCGAUCACGCACCCAAGCGCCCGUGGUGUUCAUCCACGGUAUCGGCAUCGGCCUUUGGAGCUACACCACUCUUCUCAGCUCGCUCAAAACCUCGCACGGUCCAGUAGGGUCCGAAGAAGACGGGCAAAUCGGCAUCCUCGCCAUUGAGCUCUUGCCAAUUUCCUCCCGACUUACUGGUUCGGGUCCUGACCUUCCGGCCGUGCUCACCCACGGGGAAUUUCUGAGGGAGUUGGAAGCCAUCCUCGCCUUCCACAACAACCAAGAUGACGGAGGAUUUCCGCUAGAUAAGGGCUUCACGCUCGUGACGCACUCGUACGGAUCAACGCUGGUGGCGCCUAUUUUGAGGUCCAGCACGCCUUUCCUAUUCAACAACCCUGUACUACCCGGAAGUGGAGCGAAGGCUGCGAAGAAGGGCGCCGCAGCAACAGCAGCAUCAGGAAAGAGUCUAGCGGCCCUGACGAACACACUCAUCCUCACCGACCCUGUUUCUAUCUGUCUUCAUUUGCCCUCGGUAGCAUACAACUUCACGCGCCGUGCGCCCAGGACAGCGAAUGAGUGGCAGCUGUGGUACUUUGCUAGUACAGAUUUGGGGAUAGCGAGGGCGUUGGGGCGAGGGUUCUUCUGGAGGCAGAAUAUCCUGUGGAGGGAGGACUUGGAGGCGUUUCUGGAAGGGGACGCAAAGAAAAGGGUGGUGGUUUGUCUGGCGGGCAGGGAUCUGAUUGUUGAUACCAAGAGUGUGAGGGGGUAUUUGGGAUGGGAUGGAUCUGGGGAUCAGGGACAGGGACAGGGCAUAGUGGAUGAGGACGACGUUGAGUGGAAAGGGAGGGGGAAGGAACAGAUGAUGCGCAAGAAGAUGGGGAAUGGGAUGGAGAUCGUUUGGUAUCCGCGGUUGGAUCAUGCGCAGAUGUUUGAGAGUGGGGAGAGGCUGAGGCCGGUGUUGGAUGUUAUCGGGGGGUUGAAGUAGAGUCUUGAUGGUCCUGGAUACGAGGGAGAACCAAAACAAAAGGGUAUAUUAACGCUCAUCCCACCGCACCGCACUCCUCGCUAGAUAUCAUUCCCAAGCACAGAGACUCCCUUCCAAAAGGAAAAAAAAUAAAAAGCAUCAACUCAGGCCCUCGAAGGCGGAUACUCAGCUUUUCCCCU